AUGUUGCGCUCCCUUUUCGCCCGCCAGGGCUUGUCCAGAACGGCGGCCUUCAAGCCCCGUCUCUCCAACUUUGCGAUGCUCAGGCACGCGUCGGCGCCUGCCGCGCCCGCUGAGGCACAGCCCGACUUUUCGGCCAAGACCGUGAGUUUGGACCGCGAGUUGCCAGACCCUUUUGCAGACAAAAAAAAGAACAAGAAGUACUUUCUUUUAUACGGCGUCGGCGUGGCCGUCAGCUGUGCCAUUAUUUUCAACUACGAGAAGACACAGUCGCCCAUCAUCAACUCUGUGUUGUACUGUUUGCGCCGGUCCGAAGAAGCCAAGCUGUCGCUAGGACCCAACAUUGGCUUUGCGUCCUCGUGGCCGUGGGUGUGGGGCGAGCUCAACGCCGUCAAGGGCAUCAUCGACGUCGAGUUCAAAGUCAAGGGGGACAAGCAGGUUGCCACCUUGAAGUUGAAGGCGAACAGGGAGAACAAGCUCGUGCCUUUCGAGGUGAAGCACAUCUACUUGGAGUAUCCCGACGGGAAGCAGCUUGAUUUGAGGAACGACCCGUCCAUCGAUUUCGAGUUCUAG